UUUUGGUACAUUACCAUUACGAUGCGGUUUGAAUAUCUAAUUUAGUGUUCACUAAUGAUUUAAGUAUAUACUUUAGUAAUGAUUGGAAGCAGUAACAAUGAAAGUUUUAAAGAUUUAUCAAAGGCAAAUAUUGAAUUACCAAAGUCAAUUAUGGACAAAACCAGACGCCGAGUUGAAGAUAACACAUCAAGGUAUAAAUGUGACUACGAUGGUUGCGAGAGGACGUACAGUACAGUGGGCAAUUUGCGCACCCACUUGAAAACACAUAAAGGGGAAUAUCGGUUUAUAUGUCCAAUGCAGUCAUGCGGCAAGGCCUUCUUAACUUCAUACAGCCUAAAGAUACAUGUACGAGCCCACACUAAGGCAAAACCUUUUGCUUGCAAUAUCGGAAACUGUAAUAAAGCAUUCAAUACACUGUACAGACUAAGAGCACAUCAAAGAUUACACAGCGGUGACACGUUCAAUUGCAAAACAGAUGGCUGCUCGAAAUUCUUCACAACACUAAGCGAUUUGAAAAAACACAUUCGUACACAUACACAAGAACGGCCUUACAAAUGUGUAACCGACGGUUGUGGUAAAUCGUUCACCGCGUCUCAUCACCUCAAGGCACAUGCGCGUACACACUCCGGUUCAAGACCGCACGCGUGCGCCUCAUCUGGUUGUGGGAAGGUUUUCUCGACCCCCACUAGUCUGAGAGCACAUGCGAGAAAACACCAAAUCGAAGCCGAAACGCCGACCGUGGAAGUAAUUGAAAACGAACCACCAAAACAAGAUUCCGAUGUUAUGAAUUGGGAUAGCUUACUCGAAUCCUUCGGUAGAAUAACAACCGAAUCUAAUUCCACUGAAGGCAGCUUAGAGGACAUAACUAGUGUCAAUCCAAUCGCGAAUAACAACAUGGAUAUAACGGAAUUGCUUUUUAAUAAUACUAACGAUACUAAAUUCACUAACGCUAAUAACAUAACAGUUGAUUACGAUUUGAGUAAUCUCGAAGUGCUCUCUCCGUUUAAUGUUGAUAAAGCUAUCAAAAAAGAUCCAAACGAUAAUACUUGGGUCGAUGUUAGCGAUUUACCACCAAUUGUUAUAUCUGAACCUAAAAUUGAAGUCAAAUCUAAAGCUAUGCAGCUAGCUUUAGCCAAUGAGAUCGAAAUGCAAGCGCCGUGGAUAGACGUAACUGCAUUAGCGUCAUCAAUACAAGAAACGCCUGUCAGCAUCAAAGAUAAUACUCCCGAAAAUAUAUUUACACUUGCAACAUCUGUACCAACACAUAUGCAAAGUUAUAUUGAUCUUAAUACUGAAGUUAUUCCAAUUGCAAAUAUAACAUCACAAACUUCUUUCGACUUGGAUACGCCAAAUAUUUUAGAUUUAAGCGAUAAAGUAUUCAAUGACAGUGAAUUAGUAACAAAUUUAGAUCCAGAUAAAAUUGACGAAGAUAUUGCAUUCAUGAAAACUAAUGAUCAAAUAGAUGACAGAACAUUAAAUACACCUCCACCCAGUAAAGUACAGCAUAAUAUAGAAAUAAAUCCAGCAAAUUCAGUUUCAUUUAAUACAGAUUUAACUCUGGAACAUACAUUGUUAUUUGAUAAUGAACCUCCUUCAGAUAUGUAUGUUGUUCAAACGGAAAAUAUAUUCGGUAAAAAGGCAAAGAAUCCUUUAGAACAGUUAACCGCUGAUGCCGGUAUUUGCUCAUGUAGUCAAUGCAAAUGUGAGCCAGACAAUGGUGAGUGUAGAAAUUGUCAAGACCAUAAGCCAAUAGAAAAAAGUAGUUGUGAUGAUAAAUGUUCAUGUACUGACUGCAAAUGUAAUCACGCAGAAAUGAAAUGUGCCACUGGUUGUGGCAGAGCAACAGAUACCAAUCACAAUACAUUCUUGCACUAUCAUAGAAGACAUAAUAAUUCAAAUCUUGAAGAAUUUGGUGUUUAUACACACGAAUGUGAUGAUUCGUUUCCAAAUAUCAUAAAUAACAUAAAAUGUUCAUGUAGCAGUAAUCAAGAAGUUGCUAGUAAAGAUAUUAAGUCUGAUUCAUGUUGUAGUAGUUCUAAUACGAAAUCAUGCUGUGUCACAAUUUGCUUUAAAAAGUUAGAUGCUUUUAAACAAUUUCUAUCAGAUUCGGAAUUGUUGAACGCUCUCAAAGUGAACAAUUUUAAUUUGAGUACAGGCUAAUUACAUUGUUUACUGGAUAAACUAA